UUCAUCAUCAAAGUUGCAUUUAUCAGAGUGAAAUCCGUCAUUUUUCAGUUAAAUCUAAGAUAAUCAAGAAGCAUCAAUGGCAUUAAAUCUAAGAUCAUCAAAAAAAGGAAAACUAGUCUUGAAAACUUCUCCUUCACAAUCAUCAACACCUCCUCCUCCUCCUCCUGCUCUUAACUUGAAAUUCCCACUGGUACAGCAAAGGUCUUCUUCUUUAUCUCCCCAAGUUAACCUUCUCCAUGAUCAAGUGUUCACAUCACUUCCCCAAUCUCCUCACUUCAACCCACUUGCAAAGCUCAGUGAAAGCAUCAGAGAAGGAAUCAAACAUGGGUUUGAUAUAGCAUUUCUGAAUCUAGUUAUGAAAUUCCAGGACUUUGUUGAUGUUUAUACUUUUCUGAGUGAGGUGGAGUGUUAUGAGAAAGAGUUUAUGGAGUUUGAAGAAAUGGGUUAUGAUUUAACUGAAAUAAGAAAAAGAUUCAAUCAACUGAAAGGAAGAGCUGAACAGGAAAUGGAUUUGAAAGAUGAAAUUGACAAAUUAGAUGAAGAGAAGAAACACAGAGAAGCGACGGUUGAAAGCAAGGAGUUGAUUUUGAUGGAGCUUGAAGCAAAGUCUGCAAGGGUAGCAAAUGAAAUAGAAAUGGAGAAAUCAAUGAUUAAGAGAAUUGAUAAUAAGAAGAGAAAGAUGAUGAAAAACUCAAACGUGUAUGAGAACGAGUUUAGAAAAUUAGCUAAUGAAUUUCCAUCAUUCCAUGGUAAUGUCAUAUUUGAUGGAGAUGAAUGAUCAAACUGGAAUCUGUAACUAGAACCCAAAAGUACUAGAAUAUGAUGAUCAUGAAUGAAGAAAAUAUGUUAAUCUGUUUUUGG